GAUCGACUCAAUAUGGCGGACACAGGGGGAACUCGUCGAGAUGUUUCGACCGGUUCCACUCCCCAAAGACCUGUUCCCAUGAAAUUGUUUGCCACUUGGGAAGUCGAGAGAACGUCGCCAAACUGUGUACCGCGGUGAGUGCUUUUGAAAACUAUUUUUUUUGUAUCGGCACUUUUGCAAUCACUUGAAGGUAAGCUUACACUUUUCCCGAAGACCAUGUCCUGUUGACUCAGGCUUGAGUCUUAUGCAGUGAGAGUCUAUUGCUGAAGAUCUGUUUAUGUAGCAAGCUAAAACAGUUGUAUUAAAGCUUAUGUAGGCAGGUCUCCUUGCCCAGGUCUAAGUAAGUAACGUGUAUUUAAAGAAAUGACUGCCCUCAAUCUUGAUCUUUUAUUUGUUGGAUUGAAAUCACGAAUGUCUAACUUUACUCCAUUUUGUCAUCACCAAACACGUGCUGUAUGCUGUUGCGAUAAACCGUUACGAUUUUGCAGAUUUAUGGUGGAGUUUUUUGUAGCAGUUCGUUCAAAUUUUUCUCAAGGAAGUAGCAAUUUAACCGAGGUGUGAUAUGCACCCAGGAAACUUGCCCUUAACAAAAAUCUGUUGAUUUGUAAAUUUAUUUACUUUGGAAUUUGUCUCUGCCAAAUUCGGUUUUCAAAAUGUUUUGAAUAUCUGAAAUGAAAUUAUCAAUUUUUUGUCGACAUGUGUUCUUCUAAAUUUUAUUUGGAUCAUAUGAACAAAGAUCACGGACGGGCACUAUUCAGAGAAUAUUAGUCUCGGCGAUGUUUUUUUUUUCUUUUCCACCUUAACGUUCGAAUAACAUCAGAGUUUUAGUUUUACGGUUUACGCAUUAUUUAUGUUCUUGAAGGAACAAACGAAAUCUCUGCUGUGGCUGAAAACUGCACUGAGAGUAAGUUGUGGUUCAAGUACUUCAAAGCAAAUUAUUCAAUUAUCUGGGGUUGAUACUGAUUUAGCAAUUGACACAUUUUCUCUACAAAAUUUUUAGCUCACACCGUUGUGUCAAAAAGCAAGCUAAUGUAAACUGCUGUCUCUUUCUCUUAGAUAUUCAGAAUUCCAAUUUAUCAUGUUGAACAUUGUAUACACAAAUAUUUAUAUAUUGCAUAUUAAAAAAUCAUGAAUUUUAAGUUUGGUUCCGUGCUAUAAAGGCAAUUUUUGCUCAGGUUGACUUAAAAAUAUGCACUUCUCUUUAGAAUCCUUACUGGCUUCAUCAAUAAAUAUAAUUCUGUUGAUUUUAAAAAAUUUCAACCAUCAGCUAAAAAAAGGAAGAAAGAAUAUAAGAAACCUAAAAUCUGCAGGUAUGCAAAUUCCUCCCAAGCUAAUAAAUUAUUGUUUUGUUGAUGAGAGACAUCUGGCAAGUGUUCUAGGAAUCAAAACAGAUUUUAUUCUCUCUUAAUCUUAUUUUGUGGUUAGGCCUAAUUCUUUGGUAUUAAAUAUAUUUAUUAAAAAAGACAUUGUUGGAUUCCAUUUAUUUAUUUCUUGUGAGGUUUUAAAUGUGACCAAAUAUAUGGGAAUGAGCUACCAAAAUGUAACAUUAAGAUAUUUAGCAUUGUUUUGUAAGCUGUGGGUCUUUGUGGGUGAGUUUCAUAAAAUUCUAGGUUAUGAAAAUUAACUGGCAGAUAUUCCCUGUAAACUGUCAUUUUUGUAGCAAUGAGGUGUGAUGUUAAAAGGCCUCUGUUUCUUGACAAUUCUUCUCUUGCUUCCUCAUUUCCCAUUAGCCUUAUGUUUUGGUAAUGAAAGGUAAACUUCUGUAAGGGCAAGAGUAUUUUUUUCCUUUUGAAAUAUAAAGCAUCACACAGGGUCCCAUCUUAUAUUUGGGUAUAUUACCUUGGUUAACCACUGACUAGUGACAAGAGAGUAUGGUUUAUCACUCCGUUUUUACCUUUUUCUGAACUUUCAUAAUUAUAUAGUCACGCAUUGUUAUACAGAGAAACAGAAAAUAGAGUCAAUUCAGCAAUCCAACCUUUUAAUUAAGUUCAGUGUGACUAAUGCAAAGCUCAUACCUAAUGUGGAUAAAAGUGGAUUGAUAGUCACUGUCAAAGUCUUGUUACCAUUACUCACAGAAUCAGAAUCAAUAAAAGCAAGUAUAACAAUUUUCCAGGAUUCAAUGAUUGUACUCUCCACCAUGAAAAUGUUUCUUUGGAAGUUGUCAAAUGAGAAAGUUGAUGAGUUGAGUUAUGUUUCAGGCUGUGUACAAUGACGCUAACUCGACUGGAGUUGUUGAAACCCUUAGAACCAAGUUUGACUGAAGUAAUCAUCUCAGUCUCAAUGCAGGUAAAUAAACCAUUAAAUAAUUAAUGCUAUAAAGUGUAAUAUUUGAAUAGGGUAUGUAAGAAACACACUAAACAGAAUUUACAGUAAUUCAACACAUAGUUAUUAUUAUUAAUCUUUGAUAGAUACACUUGUUGUUUUUUUUUAGAGCUCCCGCAGAACACUUAGGUCAAAUGAGAUAGUUCUUCCAUCCUCUGGUUUGAUUGACACUGAUUUGGAUCUAUCCUUUUCUCUGCAGGUCAGUUAAUGAAGAUAAUUAUAGAUUUAAAAAUAUGGUAACUAGGGCAGGAAACUUGGGCUGUCUGAAUAUUUGGGACAGGCAACUUUUCCAUUCAGAAAAAGAAAAUGAUGGGCCGUCUGUGUAUUUGGGACAGGCAACUUUUCCAUUCAGACAACAAAAAUGAUGAUCUCACCUGUCUGCUCAGACUUGCAGGAAAUAGGCAUAAACAAUAUAUUAUAUAGUUUUGCUUCCCAUAAGGAGAAAUCCUAAAAAGGCUAAUUCCAAAAUGGAAAUUGCAUAAUUAGUUUACUCUGUAAUUUCAGAUGUAGCUUUUGUAUUUAGAUUGAAACAUAUGUUAAAGAAAGAGAGAAAGGAGUCAUGAGAAAACUGAGUUAAUAAGCCUAUACUUAUUCACUUUACAUCUGAGGUAAUUUUCUACCUCAGAUAUCCAGGUUAUAUCUUAUAUAUUUAUCACUGACAGCAUUUCAAUUUCUUCCUUAAUUUUAUUCUUUUCAUAACUCCUUAUGUUUCCAAUAGACAUUUAUUUUUCUUUUCUUUUCUAUUUUUUACUGUAGUAUUUUGUCCACCCAUGACCACUUAGAUCAAUUUCACUUUGAAUUUAUAUUUUCUUGUCAUAUGAUUAGUCAGUUUUUGAGUGACAUGGAUAGCAAUUUUUGUUAGAAACCUUAUUUCUGAAACAAAAACUAGGAGAAAGAAUUGUUAUAAAUUGAAUCAUGAAUUAGCUACACUGAGCUUCUUGAUGAAUUAGUACUCAAAGCUGGAAAAAUCUUUGGACACUUUUCUUUCACUGGGAUAUUUAAAGGAAUUUAUAGAAAAGUUAAAUAUUGGUGAAAAAUAAUUGAGUGACUUACAUGUACCUGUGGUACUAAAAACAAGGAAGAAGCAUGCUUUUUUUUCUCUUUGAUGCUUAGUCUAUAGGUAUGAUUUAGGGCAAUUUCUCAGUAUUGCACGGCACAUUUGUACUGCAAAAAAAACUACAUAAUCAGACAAAGAAGCGCUCGUGCAUUCUGAUACACAGUCUUGUUUCAAUCAAUAUACCAGGUAAAGAGGUGUGUUGGUCUUUAGCUCUUGAACCAGCUCGGCAGUUUAUAUUUUUUAUUGCAUCAUGGAUAAUUUGGUUUGCAAAUUAUCCCCUUUGAAUUUGACAAUUAAAAGAAAAAAAUCAUUAAUGAAAGGGAAAAAAAAAACCUAAAAGCAGACAUGAAGCCUAUUGCUAGAGUAUGCAAAUUAUGACUUUUUAACCCUUAACUCCCAAGAUCUGAUUGUUAAUUCUCCACUCUAGCUGCUACACAUUUCUUUGUAAAUUAGUUGCGAGAAUUUAGUGUUGAUCAAGAUACAUUUGAGUAUUCUCAUUACCUGUUUGCUGGAUAUUGUUUUACAACUUCAGAGCAGUUCCACUUUGCAGACUGUGAUUAUUUUAUUCUUUGUUUCAGUAUCCACACUUUUUGAAGAGAGCUGGUAACAAUCUUCAAGUCAUGCUUCAACGACGAAAGAAGUACAAGAAUCGCACAAUUCUUGGAUUUAAAACACUAGCUGUAGGCCUUGUUAACAUGGGACAGGUUGGUAUUCAUUUCUAAGUAUUUAAAUCUGUUAUGGCUACAUGGUAUGUUUGUUGAGAAACAAGGUUCAUUGAAGAUAGAAAUAAGAAAGAUGGUAGGUUUUUAGCUUGGGAAAGAAAUAGAGAAAGAUGUUUUUUUCUUCUUGUCAGGAGUGUGGGACAAAGAAAAAAUUCUGAGUCCCCUUGAGGAAUUGAACCUCAGACCUUCAGAUUCUGUGCUCUGAUGCUCUACCACUGAGCCAUAGAGACUCCACUCCUUAUUUCUAUCUACAAAUAUUAUGCUAUCAACAUUGCCGAUCCUAGCAAUAUGCAGGAUGUGUGUCAUAUCAACUUUGUGAUAGACCUCGCUCACUGUGGAGUCUCUGUGGCUCAGUGGUAGAGCAUUGGAGUGUGGAAUCCAAAGGUCCAAGGUUCCAUUCUUCACGGGGACUUAGAAUUUUUUUCUUUGUCCCAUGUUCGUGACAAGACAAAAAAAAGGUUCACUGUGUCGUAACAAUUCUUGUCGGGCUUAUGAUAAUAUUCAUUGAUGUCUCACUAGGUUCUCCAGCACUCAGUGGACAAUCAACUCAAGUUGUACACGAAAGGAAGUCUUGUUCCAGUGGCCCUGAUUACUGUCAAUUCCCUUACCAGGUAAUGCAUCAUGUAGUUCAACAUUGUUCCUGUCCAUUGUGAUGCAGUUUUUCGAUGAAAUAUUAAAAGUUAGCACCAUAAAAUUUAACAUAAUUUUCACACUUUUGGUAUUGUGGAAACUGGAAUUAGUAUGAGGCUCAAAUAUGAUGCUGUUAUUUACAUACCUCAGCUGAUUUAUGUGCACCAAAAUAAAGAUUAAUAAUAUUUAAUUUAAGUGAUGUAAUGAUUAUGUCACAAAGUCAUACCAAUCACAGCCAGUUACUCACAUUCAACUAUAGUCACUGGUAUGUUUAGACAGGAGAUGUCUCAACAGCUCAUAUUUGAAAAAAUUAGGUGUUUUGCAUUCGGGAGAACAGUCUAAGUUUUUUUUUUUAAUUUUUCAAUUUUUUGUUUCUAUUUCAAGAUAAUUUUUCAAACAAUAAUUUUUGUUUUUGUUUUAGUUUUUCUAAUAGGAAAAAUCUGAUGUAUUAAUUUUUCUGUAUUAAUUUUCAGUCAACCAGUUGAAACAGAUGGAGUCAGACUUACUGGAUCAUUAGUCAGAGGUAGUUGAAGUACAUCAUUUUCAAUAUUAUUUGGUGUAACCUUGGCCACAAUUACCAUUAUUUAACACCAGGGUUUGUUUUAAUGAUGAUGUGCAAGACUUAAAGAGUUUCUUGAAUUCAAAUUUAAAAAAUGCCCCGGUUCUAUUUAACAAAAUACUUUUACCUGUACACACCAUUAAUUACAUGUUCUUCUUCUUUUUCACAUUUCAGGUGAUGGUGAUGACAAUUCUAGUGAUGAUGAUGAUGAUUUCUCACUGUCUGACCAGGAAGGAAGUGACAGUGGUGGGGAUGCUGUAAGUUUAUUACUCUGAAUUCUCAAUGUCUUGCAAUGAUUUUCAUUACCACCAAAGAUCACCAGCUGUAAAUAGCAAUUAACAGAGAGAAAUUUGAUUUCAAUCUUAGUUCUUUGGUUCAUUUGUAAUCUUGGGUUGUGGGUUUUAUUGGUCACAUUUUAAAUGACUGUAUUUAGGCAGUGGAUAUCAUUUGUAACAAGUCACAAAGUUCCAACACUUAAAUUAGUCUGUUCUAAAAUUUGCAUUUUAAAGGAUAUUCUAGAUGUGGAACAGAGACAAGGUGGGAAAAUAAGACAUGGAAAAAUCACUAUUCCUGCAAAGGUUUGGAAAAUUCAGCUGAUCAGAUUUUGUAAUAAAAACUAUACGGUAUUAUUAAAUAAAAAAGAGGCUUUAAAUGUAGUCAUUGAACAUAAUUAUCUAUCAGCUUCUUUGAAUAGCCUGCUUUGGUUCAUUCCACGGAACUGUUGGUCAUUAUCUGCCUGAAUUCUUUAUGGUUUGCCUGAGUGCUGGUUUCCAGUCCAUUAAUGGUUGCAGCAACUCACAGUGAAAAGGCCAAACAAUGUUGGGUUGAUAUUCACUUAGCUUAAUUUCUGACACAGCUCCAAUAUUCACCAACAGUUUGUUAAAUAUCUUAUUGAUAUAUACAUUAAUGGUGCUAAGAUUUGAGAAAGUUAUUUGUCUGUUCAUUCUUUCUCUUCAGAUAGGAAAUAGUCAAAUUUCUCAAUUAUUUGUCAUAUUGUAAAAGUUUUAUGGGCUUUUUGAAGAAAUUUCAGCAAUAGUGAUCAUUUUUUUUAGCAAUAGUGAUUGUUUUAUGGGUGGUCUUGGCAAAGACCCACACCAACAUAGAUAUUUGGUUGCAAUUAGAGAAAUCAGGGGUAAAACCUUGAUUUCAAAUAAUGAGUGAGAAAUGGUGACUGUGAAGUACCCAAAGAACAAAGGAUUAAAGUAUAGGCAUGUAAUUUAUUGUUACCCAGAAAUUUCUCCUAAAAACUGCCCAUAAUUUUCUGGAUUUGAUUUUUCAAAGUAAAUUCAAGUAAAUGUUGAUUUCUUGUAUACAUUGCACCCAGGUUUUCUUGUAAUUAUCAUCACUAAGGGAAAACUUUGUUGCUUUACAUAUGGUCAAGCAUCAUGGCAGGCCAAAACACAAAAUUCAUUCAUUCAUUCCCAAAGAGGUACCUUCUUUCCCAGACAAAUGGAGGGCCAAAUUAUGACCAAAUUUACAUCAAAUAUCACUUAAAAUACACACAAACUUGUGGUGAUCUUACAUGAAACUCAGCACUGCUCACUUUACAUGUUGCCACAGUAACAGGUUUUGUGAAGUAAGUGGGUUAGUGAGCAGAAAUGAUGAAUUAAACAAAUUUCCUACAGGGUCUGUUCCUUAGUCUGACCCCAUGCCCUCCUCAUGCCUUGUUAAUGCUGACUGGUAUAAGUAAUCUUAUGCAAUGCUUGCCACAUGUUUUAGAUUGCCAGGCUUUUAGUGAUGUUGUAUGUAAUUCUAUUAAUAAAUUGUUUUCAUACAGCACCAAAAGAAUUUUAAACAAAAGUUUAUCGCACUCUUAAAGAAGUUUAAAGUUCCAGAGGAAGUAAGUACUACCAAAAAUUGUUCUGUGGACAUUCAUGCUUUUUACAUGAAUGUAUGAAAAAGUAAAGUCACAAGUUAAUUCAUUUCACCUUUAGGAGUUAGAAAGUGAAAUGGGAACAUACCCAGAUAUUGACAUCAGUCCUCCAGAAAAUGAAACCGCUGAUGAUUUCCUUUUUCCUGAUGAUCUGGAGGACUUGGACAGUGAUGCAGAAAAUGACUUUCUUGAAGACACCAUUAGCAUUGUGUCAACACCUAAACCAUCACUGAGGUAUUUCUAGAAUGUUUGGAACAGUUAGGAUUUCCUUCAAUUUGUAAGGCUGAGCAUUCCUUUUGACCAACAGUCAUAAUUAACUUUUUUAGACCUUACUUUGAUCCCAGAAGUUCUACUGAAAAUGUACCAAGUCAUUCUUUGGUAAGUUUUGUUACUAUCAAGGAGGGCUUUGUUACUGCUACUUGCAAGAUACAUCAUUUUUUACUGUAUACACCAGGCUAAUUACCCUUAUAGUUGAUGAAAGCAGAACAUAGCUGUAAUUUCAGAGAAAUGAAUACUCUGGCUCUGAGAAGUAAUAUGUUGGGGGAAGCAUAUUUUAACUUAUUCCUUUUUGUCCAAGUGGUAAAUUACUUUGUAAGUAAACCUUCCUAAUGCAUAACUUGCCAAUGAAUGCAAAACAGCUUGGUAAUAUUCAAGUGUGUAAAUGAGUUUUCUGUAUUUUAGGUUGGUCAAGGAAACAGUUACUGUCCACAAUUUGCUAUUCAAGUGGAAGGAGAAGACCUGCAGCCAGAUCAUGAAAUGGUGAGCAUAUGAUGGUGUAGUGUGGUGAGAGUGGGUGAGACAGGGGGGAGUGAGUGAGACAGAGGGGAGCGAGUGAGACAGAGGGGAGCGAGUGAGACAGGGGGAGUGAGUGAGACCGGGGGUAGUGAGUGAGACAGGGGGAGUGAGUGAGACAGGCGGAGUGAUUGAGAUGGGGGAGUGAGUGUCCCAGGGGGAGGUGAGUGAGACAGGGGGUAGUGAGUGAGACAGGGGGUAGUGAGUGAGACAGGGGAGUGAGUGAAACAGAGGGAGUGAGUGAAACAGGGGGGAGGGACAGAGACAGGGAGAGUGAAUGAGGCAGGAGGAGUGACCUAGACAGUGGGAGGUACAGAGACAGGGUGGAGUGAGUAAAACAUGGCAGUGAGUGUGACAAGGGGGAACAAGUGAGAUGGAGGAGUGAGUGAGUGAGACUGGGGAGCACAAAAAAUAGAAGGGAAACUGAGAUCAAAACUUGGAAGGAUUGGAUUAGAUGUCUGUUUCUCCUUUCUUUGUGCUCUCUGAAUAAUCACAUGUAGGAGGUUUGCUCAGUUUGAUCUCAGACCAUGAGUGGUCCUCUUGUUUCAAGGAUGUGAGCCCACACUCUGAUGGAGAUAACUUAUCAGACAUCACAAACUCAUCUGACCUUUUAUCGGGGCCUGGAGGUGUUGAUGACACACCCUCGGUUCGUCGCAGUGUGUCAUUCAAGGAAAGAAGGAAAACAGAAGAGCCAGACACCUUAACAAAGAGGAGAAAUAGUGAUGUUGACCUGCAGGUGGGUCCAAAUGUGUCUUAUUGUUGUUGAAAUUGAUGUAAUUUAUAGGUGAAGGAUUUUUAUUCAACUCUACAAAGAAAUGUUAAGUUGAGAGUAUUUUAUUUUGUCAGCUACCCAGAGGCACCUUGAAUGAACAACUUAGCAGUGUGCUGUCUGGGGAUAGUGACAUUCCUGAAUGCAUUCUGUUGAUUAGUACUUCUGAGUGGCAGGGCCAGGUAAUUGUCAAACAUUUAUUGCUGAUGUUUUAUUUGAAAUAUGUGGUGGGAUUAUUACUAGGCAUCUCUAUCUCGCUUCAAAUUCAGAUCUUUUUUUUUUUUUUUAAAGAAAAGAAUCUGACUAAACUUAUUGGACUGGUUAUGAACACAAGGUCUAACCCAAACCAUGGUUUUUAUGCCAGUAGAGGACUUCAUGAAUUCUCUAUGAGAGGGUUGAUUUAAUUAAAUAAAUGGCAUUUCACUGCUAGUUUUUUAACUCCUUCACACUGUUCAAAAAAAUAAAUGUUCUGAUAAAAGUAAAGUUGAAAAUGACCAAGAACAUGGUUUUGUUCAACAAUGGCUUGACUUUGUUUGAAAAACCAGCUCAUUAUGUUCAAACUCACAAAUUUUAAAUAGGUUUAAAAAUCUCUCACAUGAUUGCUGAAAUUAUGUUAGAAUUUUGUUGUGUGUUAAAAAGUUGACAGCACAUGUUUGUUUUUAUUUUGUGCAGCUUUUGGCAUUGAAGCUCUGUGACAAAGCUGUGAAGAUGAUUUGUACAAGAUCCAGUUCUGAUGUGCAGGCUGUAUUUCUAGCCAUUGUCAAUAGAUACCAGAAAUUGUAAGCAAAGUUUAUUUCCAUAUGCCACGUUUUUCUAUCUCUCUUGUGACUACAGAAAACUUUUGUUUCUGCAUAUGUAUUAAUGAAUGAAUCAGUUAGUUUGUAAAGAAACUGACCUGCUUUGUCAGCCGGUAACGGGAGUUCACCCCUUACUUCGAAUGGAGGAAAGCUAACUUUUGAUAAAAUAGUAGCUUUUCCCUAUAGAAAUGAGGAAAGGCUUAUGUAAGCUAACUUAAUCCACCACAGUAAAUAUAAAUUACACAAAUUCACUGAGAUAUUCCAAUGAGUUAGAGUCUCAGACGUUAUAAAUUUUCUGACUUGACUGACAGGUCUUGUCUUUCAUACUCUCUUCACAAUCCUGUUUCUUUUGCUAGUAUAAAUACUCAUUCAGCUUCCCCGCCUCAGUUGGGUGUGGCCAUCGCGGGCACAGAGUCGUAUAUUAGUGCUGUUCUUCAGCCGUAUGUGGAAUACUUUUCUUCCAAGCCACCAGACUGGCAGACUUUUCUUCGAUUUCUCCUUAUUCCUCUUGGUAAGUUUUCUUCAAACCAAAAAUGGUCUGUAGCUAAAAAAAGGAAAAAAAAGGCCAUUCAAGUGAAUUGAGAAGACAAUGACUAUUGAGUGCAAUUUGUAGUAAGACUUUCUAACCUGUGAAAUUUCUUCCAUAUCAUGUCGCUUGGAAUUGUCAUGGGAAGGAAUACACCUUGGCUAUAAGUAUUAGCCAGACUAUGUUGUUCCUUGACAACGUUUUGGUUCUCAAGGUUUACUGUUGUUGGUCUGCAUUGUUUUCAGACGGCCAACCUCUGGCCAGGCACAUUGGAGGACUAGAUGUAAGGUACAACUCACUUUUUAUGGAUAACUUUUGGAGAGAAGCUUUUGAGCAUUCAGACACUGCUAUUGGUAAGUCGGGAGGUCUUUUUUAGCUUUUGUUUACUCUAAGCGAGAUAGUUUAUAUGAAAACGAAAAGAUAAUUUAACUACUUAUCCUAUGCUAUUUCCUGUGGUGAUACUUUCACAUUCCUCUUUUGAGUGAAUCGUAUUGGCAGAUCAAGGAUAUAUCCACUUGUAGAAUCCAGACGACACUACUGGUGGUUGGUGAGUGCUCUCACCAAGGCACCACCGAAGUGUAAAAAAAUAUAUCCUAUUGUAACGUGGUUACUUUACUUCUCUAGUAUAAUGUUGUUGUCCAGUUACCCAUAAUACUAUUUUGGUGUAGUUGAUAUACCAUACUGUACUAUUGUGUCAUUGUAGUCUUAUUAUCGUCUCUGAUUACCUUUCGGAAUUUUGUUCUGUUAGAUUUCGAGGAGGUGAGCAGGCGAGUUAAAACUCUGAUGUCAGCAGCGACAAUCACGCACAACUUACCGAUUGCUGAGGCUCUUGUGAAUACAAAACUAAAAGGGUGAGCGAUAACUGGUGUACUUUCAUUGCCUUAUUUCUCCCUUGGUUGCGGCGAUAUUUUAGCUCGGUGAUACCGACAGAUAGGGCUGUCUGUACUCAGCUUUUAAAGCACGCCCCAACGGAAUAUAUCCAAGUCUGCUUGGAAUGCUUGAUUACGAAAAGCUCGUAUUGUCAUGCUGUAUUUCUGUUCAUCUUCUAGAUCAGAGGAAGGAUCUUCCCAAGUGUUUUUGCCUUUUGUUUGUGUAAGUAAUCAAUUCGAUGUAAAGCGUAGGACGAUUGAGUGAAAAGUAAUGAAACAUUAACCAAAAAUUUUAUUCUUUUAGGUUGUUUUUGGGUACAAUCGUAUCAUGAGAUAUAAAAAUGUUUAAAGGGUCAGCAUUCUUGACUAUGACUAUGACUGUGGUUUUAAAAUAAAAAAAAUAGGUUAUAAUUACUUAACCACUAUGAUCGCCAAACUCUUCUUGUUUGAUUUUGUUUUUUGUGUUAUCCUUGAAGACGCAUCAGGGUUCAAUGAAAUGUCUCAAUAAAAUUGAAUAUGCAGCCACUCGGCAAUUAAUAAAAGCUGAAGUUACGCCUUUUCCACCCUUGUUUUUGUUCUGCUGCAAUAAUUGAAUAUCGCAGAAAAUUAUCUCAAAAAAACUUUCGUUCGUCUCGAAACACAAUAGCUUGUUAUCGUAAAACUCAGGGAAUAGAUAAUCUGCAGAGCAAAUUCCUGGGUAAGGAAUAACAAGAAAUCUCAAAAUGUUUCAAUCAUUCCAUAAUUGGAUCCCAGGUUGCUUUGGCCACUGUCAACGAGCCAUUCCCCAACUGGGGGUUCGCCCUUAACUAGCUGAAUUUUCAAGGAGGGGGCUGGUCGUAAUUCAUAGGGAAUGAAACAAGAUAUACAGUAGUUUGACGUGUACGUUUUCAUUGCAGGAUGUUAGGAUUGGAUCAGCCGACAUAUACCAAGGUAAUUCACUGUUUGGAAUGAAUUCUUCGUUUUUAGCGUUUAACUUCAUUCUGACUUAGUUUUAUUUAAGCAGACGAAGAACCUGUAGCGACAAGUGGAACACCAUCGAGCACUGGAGCCAAAAGUACAGGGGCUGUUUCUAGGGGUGACAGUCAAGCUCCUGCUCCAGGAUCUUCGCAAACGCCUCCAUUUUCAAGCCCUCCUUUGAGUGGGUACGCUAAUUACUUUCAUCUUCUAAUAAAGACCGUCAGAUUUUGUAUUCGCCCAUUAUAUUACUUGUUUUCCUGCGCUACUUGUCUUAGUUUAUGGUAAUAGGCUAGUAAUGCUAUAACUUCGGACCACUCCAUAUUAAGUUUUACUUCUGCCUUUAAACUUGAAGCUUUGUUUCCAUAUAACGAUGCGAUCGCCAGGAAGAGUGGCUGGCGAUCUGCUUUUAAACGGAAAGCAAGUUUCAUCUACAGCGGUAAUCGUAGUAUCAUAUUAUCUACUCCACAAUACUCUUGCAUCUGUGAUUGCAAACGAUCGCAGCUAUCGUAUGGAAACCAACCCUAAUGCUUGGUCGCGUUUUCGGGUAUUGUAGCUGUGAUAUGGAUAAAGGGGUUUAUUCUCUUUGUUCUCAGGUAAAGGCAGUAAUAAUAAUAAUUCUUGAUGCCCAGUACUUUUGUACCCACCAGGCUCCAGGAGAGCAGUGGUGGGAGCCUAUACUCAAGUGAACAGAUGGAUCUUCAAGUGGACUACUGGCUUGCAGCGGGGAAUAAAAAAGAUGUCAACAAAGUAAGUUAGGUCACCAAUUGCACAGCACCAUCUAAUUUGUUAUUGCUAAUGCUUUUGUCUCAUUCCCUGUUUUGAUUUUUAGUCCUCGCUUAAAACAACUUUCAAAACGCUGGUGGUUACAAGACUUUCAACUCCUGAGGAAUCAUCUGCGCUUUCAGUAAUGGCGGUCACCAAAGAACGCAAUAAAAGAGGUCUGAACUUUUGAAAUGCUAUUAUUAUUGUUAGUGUGAAGGAUGUGUGGGUGGAAGUCAGUCCUGUAUCAGCAAGAGAGUUACUUGUCAAUACUAUGAGCCAUAAUCACGAUUUUGAGAAAAAACAACCAGAGAGUUCUCUGAAUAUUCCAGUGAUAACGUUUUGGGUAUUCUUAGGCUGUGUGGCGGAGCAAGCCCGUUAGUGUGGCGAGUAAGGUGUUGAAAUUUAAUAAUAAUAAUAAUAAUAAUAAUAAUAAUAAUAGUAAUAAUAACGAAGAAGGGGUCCUUAAAGGAGUUAACUUUAGCUAAUUUAGUUUGUAAUUUUGUGGAUGGUUGGCUUUAGUUUACCUCUACAAAAUUCGAAAUAAUCAUCAAAGUCUAGGCCAUUUAGACCAAACACUGUCUUGUAGCAUUCCACUACAGAUCGGUAUUCUCUUCGAUGCUAAAGUGUGAAAUGGUGCUAUUUUUUGUUGUCACAGGACUCGAGGCAAUGAUGCGUUCCAUGAAAAAAUCCAAAGAGAAAGACGCUGAUUCCAAGAACCAACCAGUAAUGGUGAAUGUGUCGAAACUGAUCUGCACUACUAAAGGACAGAGCAGUACAUUAAAUGGUGAGCUCUCUAUUUAGUCUUCACUUAGUCUCUGAUUUUUUUUUCUGUUAAUCUAUUUUCAGUUGUCAUAAUUAUUCUGUUUGUUUAUUUACAAUUGUUAUUCUGUUUGUUUAUUUACAAUUGUUAUUCUGUUUGUUUAUUUACAAUUGUUAUUCUGUUUGUCUAUUUACAAUUGUUAUUCUGUUUGUCUAUUUACAGUUAUUAUUCUGUUUGUCUAUUUACAAUUGUUAUUCUGUUUGUCUAUUUACAAUUGUUAUUCUGUUUGUCUAUUUACAGUUAUUAUUCUGUUUGUUUAUUUACAGUUUUUAUUCUGUUUGUCUAUUUACAGUUUUUAUUCUGUUUGUCUAUUUACAGUUAUUAUUCUGUUUGUCUGUUUACAGUUGUUAUUCUGUUCGUCUAUUUACAGUUGUUAUUGACGGAGUGACGUGGAGUGGGGUCAAGUUUUUUUCAUUGUCAUCCCAGUGGCCUACUCAUAUUAAAAACUUUCCCAUUGGCCUGUUUGGCCGAACCGAGACCACUUGUUAACUCCAUUUUCCAACUCAAACGACCAGAGUUUUCUUGUGCACGUGGAUUGUGCAUAGAUAAAGAUUAUGAAGGAAACAGAAGAUAUUGGAAACAUCCGCUUAUCAAAGUUGAGAAUAUUCAACAACGUUUGAGCUAGUAAGGGUUUUAAAAAAAGGCUCUUCAUGUGGCAUAUUUUGUUAGCAAGAAGUUUUUUUGACGCUUAUAUUGUGGCAAAGUUAUUUUACGGAUAAAAAACACUCGUUAGAGAGAAAAGUAAUAAUUGAAGGUAGAUCAUAUAAAGCAACCAUAGAAAGGAACAUUAAGCAGCAAUAAGUUCCGAGUGAUAUUAUCUAAAAUCUAUAAACUUCCAAACAUAAUCAUCUUUAUUUUGAUGGUAAUUGAAAUGACAUUAAGUAGGAAUUUAAUUUUAGGUUGUAUUUUGAAAUGUGCCAAGCGAUUUCAAGGAUUAUAAAUUAUUAUGAAAAAGAUUAUUGUUAAAAGAGUUGACUAAAUGUUUUGGGUCAAAUAAGUUUAU